UUAUCUUAGCGCUGAUGCCCCGCAGGUAGAAGGCUUUGGAAGAGAUGGUCCUCACCUGAAGGAACGAAAAGUGGGGGGAAGAGAUAUAUGUGUAUAAGGGGCUCUAAAUACAAUUCCAGUGUUUAAAGGGAGAAAAGUGAGACAGUGGAUAUGUUCAGAAAGUACCUCGCCAUGGUGAGCAACAAGUUGCAGAGGGAAACUACAACUUUCAUGAGCGACAACAGUGGGUGUUAAUGGAGAAGAGGUCGAAUGACAGCCGGGACUGUGGUCAUCACAGGCGGAAUAUUAGCGACUGUCAUAUUACUGUGUAUCAUAGCAGUUCUCUGCUAUUGUAGGCUUCAGUAUUACUGCUGCAAGAAGGAGGAGUCCGAAGAGGACGGAGAUGAACCAGAUUUUGGCAUGGAUUCCCACAUCCCGCCUCUCCACUGCAACCGCAACGUGGCUCUGACGAAUGGCCCCUCCUUGUACCGAUCUUCCUCCUCCCCCUACAAGAAGCACUCCCAGUGCCGGACAGUAUGCCCCAACUGCUCCCACUAUGAGCCGCCCACCUUCUUCCUCCAGGAGCCAGAGGAGGAGGAGGAGGAAGAGGAGGAGGAGGAGGUCCAGAAUGGGGGUGAUCUUAUCAACUACAAGGCCAUCAGCCAGGAAGACCUGGAGCUGCCCGUCAACAUGAGUGGCCUCCAGGCCCUCAACCCCAACCGCCUCUCAGCCAUGCGGGAGGCUUUCUCCCGCAGCCGCAGCAUCAGUACGGACGUCUGAUGAGUGCCAGCAGCCGUGACCCACAACUCGAUGGUGGGUAACGUUGGUGGCAUACAUAUCCUGCUGAUUCCUGCAUUGUAAGGGGUUGGACUAGAUGAUCCUUUGAGCCUCUUCCAACUCUCUAAUUCUAUGAUUCUGUGAAAGGGUGUUUCCUCUCCCCCCCUUCCCUAAAUACCCUUGUGGCUUAAAAAUAAUAACAUGGCGUCACUCUUUUACAGGACAAAAA